GCGAGCGAUCGACAAGUCUUCGCAGUACUCACAGCACAGCGCUCAAAAACUCAAACAGCACCAUGGCCAACACGGCAGUAAAGGCCAAGACAAGCGCCUCCACCUCCCUACCUUCUGCGACCACUUCCAAUGUGGAGGAGCCAACGAAGACGCUCAAGCUGGAGGAUGGCUUGACCCUGUACACGUUCUACCUCGAGUGCUUGGCGCACGGCUCGUACAUGGUGUGCCACGAAGGCAACUGCUUCAUCGUGGACCCGCGCCGCGACAUCGGCAUCUACUCCAAGUACCUGCAGGACCACAACCUCAAGCUCAAGGGCGUGCUGGAGUCGCACCUGCACGCCGACUUUGUCUCCGGCCACAUGGAGCUGCACAAGCGCUACGGCGCAACCAUCUUCAUCGGCGAGGACGCCGGCGCCCAGUUCCCGCAUUACCCCUGCGGGGACGGCGAGAUGCUGCUGCUCUCCAGCAAGUACGCCAUCCGCGCUAUGCCCACCCCCGGCCACACCCCGGGCUGCGUCACCUGGGUUGUUGUUGAGCGUGCCACAGACAAGGCCAUCAUGGCCUUCACCGGCGACACGCUCUUCGUUGGCGGCUGCGGGCGCCCAGACCUCGUCGGCGCCCUCAACCCGGACCUCACCCCAGAGGUGCUCUCCAAGAUGAUGUUCAAGUCCCUGCGCGAGAAGAUCCUCUCCCUGCCGGACGAGUGCCUCGUCUUCCCCGCCCACGGGCCCGGCUCGCCCUGCGGCAAGGGCAUCAGCGCAGAUCUCUCCUCCACCAUCGGCAAGGAGAAGGAGACCAACCCUGCUCUGCAGAUUGACGACGAGCAGAAGUUCAUCGAGUUCAACACAACCGGUCUCGACGCCGCGCCACAGUACUUUCCCAGCGCCGUCAUGGCCAACAUGAAGGGUGCCGACGACCUUGACAGGGAGGUGGAGAAUGUAACAUCACUGUCCAUCUCCGAGUUCAAGGCCGCCAUGGGCGACGACGUCGUCAUCCUCGACACGCGCAACGCCGGGCCUUUUGCCGCCGGCCACAUCAAGGGCGCUCUCAACAUCCCACUCGGCCUCGGCGGUGGCGUGCACCUGGAGUAUGAGGACGGCAACUUUGCUAUCUGGGUGGGCACGCUCAUCGCGCCCAAGGCAAAGGUGCUCAUCAUUGCCGAGGAAGGCAAGGGCAAGGAGGCCAUUGAGCGACUGGGCCGCAUCGGCUAUGCCCAGCAGAUCAUCGGCAACCUCAAGUCUGGCAUGAAGACCUGGAUUGAGGCCGGCGAGCCCGUGGACAAGUUUGACAAGAUCACAGUGGAGAACGCUGACACCAUCCGCCAGCUCCAGGCCAAGGGCUAUGUCAUUGUGGACACGCGCACAUCUGGCGAGUACUCGUGCGUCGUUCGCGGCCACGUCAAGGGAUCCAUCAACCUGCCCCUCGCAGAGCUCCCCCAGUCGUGCUCUGCACUGGACCGCGACAAGAAGUAUGUCGUGUACUGCCUCGGCGGAUUCCGCAGCGCCAUUGCCGUGUCGCUGCUGCGCCAAAAGGGCUUUGAUGCCGUCGACUUUGUUGCCGGUUACGACCGCGGCAUCCUGGCAAAGGGGUGCGAGAUGACCACUGCACAGCCCGACGUGUGCGACAAGGCCAAGGCUGCCGUGCAGGAAAUCAAGCAGACAGCAACAAAGACAUCCGCACCAUUGUACAGCACGUCCUCGGCAUCAUCUGCACAGCCUACAGGCAAAUCAUCAGAAUCAUCGACACAACCCAUCUUGAAUCACAAGAAGAAGAGCCGGUUGUGCGCGAUCAUGUGAAGUCAAAUCUCAUGCCGCUUUAUUUGCUUCAGUGACAUGCUGCACUU